CUGGUUGGUGCGAAAAGGAGGAGGAGCUCUGACCGUUCCCGUUAAAAAUGACUGUCGACAGCCACUCCCGAAGUUAUAAACACAACAUCGGGUGGAAGGGACACCCAAAUUACGACAGGGACACAAACUGAUUGAACCACGAAUUUAUUUGCAAAUAACAACAGCAAUUUCGGUCAGUGAUGGGGAAGCUGUGUGUUUUCUUUUUCGUGUCUUUGACACUCAUCGCUGUCCUGCAUACUGACUCUACGUGGGCCAAGAGGAGCGGUAGCAGCAGUAGCGGCAAGAAAACCUCCAGCAGCAAGCCAUCAAAAUCUACAAACACUCAGUCAAAUUACCCCAGACAGCCACAAACUCCCAACAGGAACCCCAACCCUUACCCUGCAGGUGGUAGUUAUCCUGGGAAAGGGGGAACCAAUCAAAAUCCUAACCAGCAGUACCCUCCGGCAGGUGGCUACCCCGCGGCAGGUGGCUACCCCGCGGCAGGUGGCUACCCCGCGGCAGGUGGCUACCCAGCGGCAGGUGGCUACCCCGCGGCAGGUGGCUACCCAGCGGCAGGUGGCUACCCCAACCAGAAUCCAGGAAGGGGAGGUUAUCCUGCCGCUGGUGGUUAUCCUGCCGCUGGCGGCUAUCCUGCCGCUGGCGGCUAUCCUGCCGCUGGUGGCUAUCCCAACCAAAAUCCAGGCAGAGGAGGAUACCCUAACCAGUACCCAGCGGCAGGAGGCUACCCGGCCGCAGGAGGCUACCCCAACCAGUACCCUGCCGCCGGAGGAGGAGGAGGCUGGGGUCAGCCAGGUGGUUAUCCGGGUGGAGGCUAUGGAGGAGGAUACCCCAACAGGAACCCUGAUAGUAAGAUUCUCAGCCCCCGCUAUGGAGGAGGAGGAGGCUAUGGAGGGGGUUAUGGACAGGGUGGUGGUUAUGGACAGGGUGGUGGUUAUGGACAGGGUGGUGGUUAUGGACAGGGUGGUUAUGGACAGGGUGGCGGUUCACCCUUUUCACGCUCGGUUCAAGGCAUGGGCUACAACCCCUCUCAGCAAUCUCAGGGCUUUGCCAAGAAGGCUAUGAUGGCUGCUGGUGUCGGAGCCGUGGCAGGGAUGGCAAUCGGCUACGGGCUCGGCCGCUAUCCCAAGCCACACUUCAACUUCCGUAACCCCGAGGAGGAGCAAUAUUACAACAACUACAUGUACCGCCGUUACGGCUCGAAAUCCACCGACGAAAACGACUUUGGACGCGAUUACGUCUUCAACCCCCCGGCGGAGGCGCAGACCUAUGUCAGCUUUAUGGACACCUGCAUGAAGAGGACGGACCUUUUUAAGAAACAGGACGGCGGCGCACAGGUUACCCCUAGCAACCAGGGCAUACAGAAGAUUAACCCUCAGGGUGACGGAGACAACAGCCCAAACCUGACUGAGACGACCAAGCCUCCGACCCCGGCCCCGGCUUCCAGUGACCAGGGUGGGGCGGCGCCAGAGGAUGAGGAUGAUAUCGUCGGGAUCGAGGAGAUCGGCUACCCAGCCUUGGUGGAGCAAAUGAAGGCGCGGCGUUGUGUGGAGUUCUACAUGAACUACUCGGAAAGAUUCCUGCAGAAACAGGCGGCGCAGCGCAUUAGCGAACCCCAGCCCAGCCGUAGCAAUCCUCUCAGCCAAGGGCUCAUUCAGCAGAUCACGAUCCUCAUCACGGUCCUGAGCAGUACCCUCCUCUUGCACUAAAACCAGGACACGCAUGCACAAAGCCAUCGAGGAUAUCUACGUGUCCUACACUAACUUCAUCACCGGGUUGAUCGAUGAGGAUGGGUUACACACGAAAGUAGAAAGGGACAGGGCCAGGCCUCUCAGCCAAAGAAUGAGGUCAUUCGUUAACUGUCACACAUUUCAACGUUUAGGGACAGUGAGACAUUGAAGGAGUCAGGGCGUCACUUCAUUUAGCCUAGCCUUUAUGAGGUUUUUGAUAUCUUUUUAACUCUCUCUUGACCCCAUGACAUCGUAGUACUAUUGUAAAGUUUGCACUAAUUCAAUUUUUAGUUGGUUCUCUUAUUGUAGGUACAGUUUAUUUUUUAGUAUUUAAUGUCUUCAUAUUUUGGCAUCCAGUUGUGGUAGAGCAGCUUGAAUCCCAGUACUUUUAAGAAAACACUGUAUUUAUAUUUAUAUGACAUAAUAAUAGGUCCAUGCAAAUGCAUGAUAACAUACUGUAUACUUUGUGCAUUGAUAGUAUCUGUAUUAAAUCCUGUUGACACUAAUAUAAUCCUUUCCAUUGCAAGUUUGUUCAUUGACUGUAAACGAAACAUACCUGUUAUGUAAUCAGGCAAACGCUAAACAGUAUUACGCAAACAUAAUAUACUAAUAUACAACUAUCAUUGUAGUAAUGUACGAUUUCACGGAAACAUCUUAAUUAUAGCCAUCUGGUAAGCGGCAAUGUAUGAACUCUUUAGGGGCAGAUCUCUGCAAUUGAACUGUAUCUGUGUCUUGUGGUCUCCUGUCAUGUUCAUGGUGGUCGGUUUUGUAAACACUUUCUCAUGGAAAGAAGUGUGCUUUUUCUCACUGUCCUCCGUUUGUAAUCGUCUCCCUUCGUCUCCACUGCACUCCAGAUGUCUUGCCCUGCUUUCCUUAUCUGAAGUGCACUUAUUUCACUUUUAAGGAUCAAUAUUCGAUUAAAUAGAAAUGUUUUUCUCAAGCAUGUACCAGUUGACAUGACAUCGGCUGUAAUUUAGAAAUAAGAUGUCUUUUUAUUGCUCUUUAGAAUGUAUUCCUCCAAUACUGCUAUGACUUUGGUAUGCUUAAAGUCUUGAAGGUCAAA